AUUAUUGAUAGAGAGAGAUAUUCUGUCUUAUCUUCCUGCUUCAUUGGUUUAACUUUUUUGCCUUUAUUCACCGCGUUUGUUCAAGCAAAACAAAAGCCACAAUGCUGAUUAAAGUUAAGACCCUGACUGGUAAAGAAAUAGAAAUCGACAUCGAGCCCACAGACAAGGUGGAGAGAAUAAAAGAAAGAGUGGAGGAAAAAGAGGGAAUUCCACCCCAGCAACAGCGACUCAUCUACAGUGGAAAACAGAUGAACGAUGAGAAAACAGCAGCAGACUAUAAAAUCCAGGGAGGCUCUGUAUUGCAUCUGGUCCUUGCGCUAAGAGGAGGGCGAGUGCAUCAACACCCCAACAACCUCCUGCAGGCCUUAUAAACACCAGACCUGCCCUCAGCAGCAAAGGUGACCUGGCAGCCUCAACACACACGCCACUCUUCCCUAAACAAUCAUCUGACCCAAACUCCACAGUGGCGACUCUGCUGGUUAUUGUGUAACAAAGUGUCUAUGUCCUGUAGCAAACUACAGCUUCUUCCUGUCCGCAUCACUCUUCCCCUAAUUUAUCCUUCUUAGAGAACUGUCACGCUUGGUUGAAGUUUACGAUGAGUGAUGCUGAAGUUAUUGUUAAAGUGAAACUGAUGCAAUAGGAUUAUUAGUCAAUAAAACACAGUAUUGACAUUUUUCUCCCCUG